AUGGAUUUUGAUCAUUGGAUUGAGGAGAAAUUAGAUAGGGUUUUGGUAUCUAACGGUUGGAGGUAUAAAUUCCCUUAUGCUCAGGCAUAUACAUUGGAUAUCACUACUUCUGAUCACUUGCUAAUCUUUCAGGUUCGGUCUAUGGUUACUUGCGAUCACGCUAGGAGAUUCAGGUUUGAGAAUUACUGGCUUCGUUUUCCACAAUGUAAGGAAAUUGUUCUGAACAAUUGGAACUCUGAGGUGAUAAUGAAUUUGGAGGAUCAGUUGAAGGUUUGCGGGUCAGCUUUAUAUCACUGGGGUAUAGAUCUGAAGGAGAUACAUAGGAAGGAGUUGGAAGAGUGCCAAAAUAUAAUUAAAGCACAACAUAGCUCUCGUUUGGGGCAGGAUCGUAAUGCUAUUCAUGAAGCAUAUCAAAAGUUCUUUCAACUGCUACAUGACCGUGAGGUUCAAUGGAAGCAGAGGGCGAAGGUUUUUUGGCUUCGGGAAAGGGAUGCUAAUACGCGUUUUUUCCAUGCUAUGGCUAUAGACAGGAAGCGGAAAAAUAAUGUGCUUAGGUUUUAG